UGCGUGCGUGCGUGCGACGGAAGUGCUCCUCUCGCGCGGUUCGCCGGGCCGGGGCCCUCAGUUUAUGACACUCGGAACUUCAAUAAUUGGUGGUUUAUGCAACUUGAGACCGGUCAGCACUGUGCGGAGUUCAGAGUGCUAAGAGAGAGAGAUUAAAAUGGCUUCCAGAGGAAAGACAGAGACAAGCAAAUUAAAGCAGAAUUUAGAAGAACAGUUGGAUAGACUAAUGCAGCAAUUACAAGAUCUGGAAGAAUGCAGAGAGGAACUUGAUACAGAUGAAUAUGAAGAAACCAAAAAGGAAACUCUGGAGCAACUGAGUGAAUUUAAUGAUUCCCUGAAGAAAAUUAUGUCUGGAAAUAUGACUUUGGUAGAUGAACUAAGUGGAAUGCAGCUGGCUAUUCAGGCAGCUAUCAGCCAGGCCUUUAAAACCCCUGAGGUCAUCAGAUUAUUUGCAAAGAAACAACCAGGUCAGCUUCGGACAAGAUUAGCAGAGAUGGAUAGAGAUCUGAUGGUAGGAAAGCUGGAAAGAGACCUGUAUACUCAACAGAAAGUGGAGAUACUGACAGCUCUCAGGAAACUUGGAGAGAAGCUGACUGCAGAUGAUGAGGCCUUCUUGUCAGCAAAUGCAGGUGCUAUCCUCAGCCAGUUUGAGAAAGUCUCUUCAGAUCUUGGCUCUGGCGACAAAGUCCUUGCUCUGGCAAGUUUUGAGGUUGAAAAAACAAAAAAAUGACAUGGUGUAGAAGUUGUGACAUUGAUCACAUUCUUAUUGUAAAUGUGUUUUUCUUCUGGGGAUUUUGAGUCACUGCAAAGAAACCAAGAGAUUCUCAAAAUGUAUUAAUAACCUGAGAAAAGGUAACCUGAAAACAUACAUGUGGCCUCUGUUUCUGCUGUUCAUCAUUGUGCUUUAUGUAGGGCUACCUGCUUUAGUGAUCCUGGACUUGUUGGGACGGAGGGACUAACUGGACUAUUCAUUGUGAUUUGUCUGUUUAAAGAGAGAACAGAAAAUCGACUUUGUCUGUUUUAUAAAGGGUUCUUGUUUUUAAGUGCUAAUAGUGAAUGAAAAGGUGCGAACUAAUGAUUCUUUUCUGCUCAUAACUGAUCCCCACUCAUUUGAAUCAACAGUGAAGCAACAUCAAUAGUCCUCAUGUGUUAAUAGAAUUUUAGAGUUCUAAGUGAUCUUAGGAACCAUUUUUAUUUUUACAGACAGGAAAAUUAGGCUCAGAAAGAUCAAGGGACUUGCUAAAAGUCACAUUAGACACAGAGCCGGGGAUAAGACUCUGGUGUCCUGACUCUAAGUUUAGUAUCUAUUGAGUUUUAUUUCUUUAUUCUGUAUUGUUUUUAAAAAACAAUUAGCACGUAUUUGUACAAGUUAGUGUUUACUAAAAUUUGAUGUCCCAACAAAAAGUUGACUCUAUACUAAGGGACCAUUCCCCAGGCUGUGUGCUCUCUGUAUGAAUGGGGCCUAUUGUAUCUUUGAAUUUUGAGCUUGGAACAAUGGGAGCCCUGUUGGGAGUCUCCUGAAGUAACUUAACCUCCUGCGUUGUUUCACCAGGGAAGCAAUAGGAAACGGCAGCUAGAGGCCCUCCCCAUGUGUGACCUCUUGCCAAACUCAGAGGGUGGUAACUGUAAACUACUAUCUACUCUUCGUUUUGGGGGGAAACACCAAAUAAGUUAAUGAGGAAAAGCAGGUUUCUCUCCUGACUGUUUACAUCUCUCUGCAUGCUCAGAUAUUCAAAUAUGUCUGUAUGCUUGUACAUUAGCUUAUUUCCUUGGCUCUGGCCAUUUUAUAUUCUUAAAUGUGUUUUUCAAUAUUUUCUUUGUACUUUGUACAAAUUAAAAACCAUUUUAAAGCUU